AUAAUUGAAAAUUUAUAUUUGUGAAAUUUGUAUUUCAAAAUAUAACUUUUACUUAAUAUGUAUAUAUAUAUAUAUUUAAAGUGAUGAAAAUUUAGAGUGAUAAGUUUUAGGAAUAAAGUUUAAAUGUGCUUUCACAGUAAUUUUAGAUUUGAACUAUUAAAUUAUUUUAUUAUUUUGUUAUAUUUUAAUUUUAAUUUUUAAAAUUUUCUAAAUAUUAUGGAUAUUUAAAUAUUUUAUUUGAUAUGAUCUAUUUUUGUAAGAAUAUGCAUAUUAUUUACAAAUUAUUAAUAAAUUUAGUUUAAUCUAAUCAAAUCCGAUCGAAUCCGGUUCAGAUCCGGUCGAACCACAAUGACCCAUGAUCCAAAAAAUUUAUGGUUCGCUAACCGAUCCGGUUUUAACAUACCACGUUGAAAAAAAAUUGCAUAGGGACUCAAAACGUUCAGAUAUGAUCUGAGGAAGUUGUUUACCGGACACAACUUAUGUGAGAUUCUGUUCAUUUCCUUUAUUUCACCUAAUAAAUACAUUUAUUACCUUAAAUAUUGAUUUUCUUCGUUUUACUAAAAGUUGGGAUAUAUAUCCAUUCCAACGUAGAGCUACCUAGUCAGCAACUUUAAAUACCCUGUUCCCUUCUGUAUCCCUUCAAAGCUCUAACUAAACAAAAAAAAAACCGUAUAACAAAUUUAUUAUUCAAAAAAACUUUAAAAGAGUAACAAAUUAAAUAAAAUAAAUAUAAAAUAAAAAUUAAUAAGAAGAAAGCCAAGUCGGUUUCAACCUUUUUCUUCACUAUAAAUUAGCGUUUCCGCUUCUCUCUUCCCACAAUAAACUCAUCUUCUCACGUCACAUUGGAUCUCCACAAAAAAACUAUUUUCUCCUGAAUCUCUCAAUCCUUUUCUCUCUUUCUGGGUAAAUGGAGAAUCUCUCUCAAAUCCUCCCUCGUGUCCUCGUCGUCUCUAGACGCACUGUUCGUAAAAACAAAUUCGUCGACUUCGUUGGUGAAUAUCAUCUUGAUUUGAUAGUUCGUUAUGGAUGUGUACCCGUGAUUGUUCCACGUGUCACUGGUGUUCAUAUGUUGCUUGAUAGCUUCAAACCAAUCCAUGGAGUUCUUCUUUGUGAAGGGGAAGACAUUGAUCCUUCUCUUUAUGAAUCUGAAAUCUCUUCCCUUUCACCUGAAGAGCUUCAGGAGAUUAGAGACACACAUGCGAGUGAUACUGCUAUUGACAAAGAGAAAGAUUCCAUUGAGUUAGGUCUUGCUAAGCUCUGUCUUGAACAGAACAUUCCUUACUUAGGAAUCUGCAGAGGAUCACAAAUUUUGAAUGUUGCUUGUGGUGGGACUCUCUAUCUUGAUUUAGAGAAAGAGCUAACGAAUAAGUUACCGGAAGAACGUAGAACGAAGCAUAUCGAUUAUGAUAACUAUGAUGGGCAUAGACAUGUUGUGAGGAUUGUUGAGAAGAGUCCACUUCAUUCUUGGUUUAAAGAUUCGUUGGAUGGAGAAAACAUGGAGAUUUUGGUUAAUAGUUAUCACCAUCAAGGUGUCAAGAGAUUGGCACAGAGGUUUGUGCCCAUGGCGUUUGCUGCGGAUGGGUUGAUGGAAGGUUUUUACGAUCCCGAUGCGUAUAAUCCUGAAGAAGGGAAGUUCAUAAUGGGUUUACAGUUUCAUCCCGAGAGAAUGAGAUCAGAUGAUCUUGAUGAGUUUGAUUACCCUGGUUGUCCUGCUGCAUAUCAGGAAUUUGCAAAGGCUGUGAUUGCGUAUCAGAAGAAGCUGAACAGCACGAUGUCUGUGCCAAAGACAUUGGAGCUUGAUAGGGAGAUGGAGAAUAAAAGAAAGAUACUUGUCCGAAGUUUCUCACUUGCGAGGAAUAUGUAUGCUAAAGGAGCACCUGGUAAGAACCCAUCAAAAGGAUCAGAGCUCGAAGUUGGUGCCGAGUUUCUUGAGUCAAAUACAGCGCUAAGCGCGGAGCAAGAGACGAGGCUGAAGGAGAUGGGAGCCACGGUGAGGAACGGGGGAUCAUAUAUGAAAAAGAUGAAAGUAGACGAGGAGAAGCAGAGGAUGGCAAGGAACAUGAUGAACAAGAUGAACACUGAGCAACUGUCAGAGCUUAUGGCAUUCUAUCAUUUGAUGGGAAAUAUAUGUGGAGAAGUUUUGGAGAGAAAGCUUCAUGGCAAUGGCAAUGGCAAUGGCAAUGAAUGCUUUAAGGAUCUGUGAGAGAGUUCACAUGAAACGGAAGAGGAUGCAAUAAGGAAAAGGCGACUUUUUGAAUUUGCUUUUUUUGGUUAAAAGAUGGGAAAGUAACGUGUGUGUGUGUGUGAUUAAUUUAAUCGUACCUAACGGUCAUAGGUUACAUGAUAAAUUUGCCAACAAAUUGGUAACGUACUAACGUUAAUCAAGCAAUGCUAAUGCAAAUACAACGACGAUGUUUCAAAAGUUUUGAGAAAAUAACUUAUUUAUUCUGAAGACGUUAA